AUGAACACGGACGUGGAAUUCCACAUCAGGCAGAAUUACCCGUGGAACAAGCUCCCGGCUAAUGUCAAACAGAGUUUGGGGAACUCUCAGCGCGAGUAUGAGAAGCACGUGCUCCUCUACAGCAUCCGCAACCAGCUGCGAUUCCGCAAUAACUUAGUGCGCCACGUGAGGAAGGACGAGCGCAAAUAUUACGAGGAGCUGCUGAAGUACAGCCGGGAGCACCUGAUGCUGUACCCCUAUCACCUGUCGGACAUCAUGGUCAAAGGGCUGAGAGUCACUCCCUUCUCGUAUUACAUAGGAAUCAUGGAGGAUAUUAUGAACAGUGAGAAGAGUUAUGACUCCUUGCCCAACUUCACUGCUGCUGACUGUCUGAGGCUGCUUGGCAUCGGGAGAAACCAGUACAUCGACCUGAUGAACCAGUGCCGGUCCUCUAAGAAAUUCUUCCGCAGGAAAUCAGCGCGGGACCUGCUCCCAGCCAAACCGGUGGAGAUCUCGGUGGAGCCGUGGUGGGUGGCACAGACCGGAUACAUCACCGAGGACGACAUAAGGAUCUGUUCUCCAUCUGAGAAGAAAGCCAUUGAUAAGAUGAUAGAUACAGGUCCUCAGCUGGCCGGAUCGAUGGAGUACAACGUAGUCCUGAGUUUGUACAACCGGGGCUUCAUCUACCUGGACGUUCCCAUAUCAGAUGACAGUUGCAUCUCAGUGCCCCCGCUUGAAGGGUUUGUGAUGAACCGAGUCCAAGGCGAUUACUUUGAAACGCUUCUGUACAAAAUCUUCGUGUCCAUUGACGAGCAGACGAACGUGGCCGAGCUGGCCAAUGUGUUGGAGAUCGACCUGGACUUGGUGAAGAAUGCAGUUUCCAUGUACUGUCGGCUGGGCUUUGCCGUGAAGAAAGGUCCGGUGUUCAGCUCUGAGCAGCUCCACCCCACCUGGAAGAACGCCCCGUCCGUCAACAGACUCAAGAGCACCAUGGACCCCCAGAAGAUGCUUCUCUCCUGGGAGCAAGGCAGUCCCGUCAUGGAGGGAGGCUCCUCGGCCACAGACACCGACACCACCAGCCUGGAAGACCAAGGAGACACGGCGAGUGUCAGCAGCCUGAGUAUUCCAGUCGCUCCCACUAAGAGGAUCGCCUUCCUCUUUGACUCCACCCUCACAGCCUUCCUGAUGAUGGGCAACCUGUCACCGAACCUGAAGAGCCACGCGGUGACCAUGUUCGAGGUGGGGAAGCUAUCCGACGAGACUCUGGACAGCUUCCUGGCUGAGUUGGAGAAGGUGGAGAGUACGGCCGAGGGAGAAGCCCAGCGCUACUUCGACCACGCUCUGACCCUUAAAAACACCAUCCUAUUCCUGCGCUACAACAAAGAACUCACUCAGGACCAGGGACCAGAUAUACCAAAUAUUGCUCCACCUGGAGACACUGUGGAACGGCACCAUCCUACUCGUUCCUGA